ACAGUAAGAGCGACGAAUUCAGUCGCCAUUCGAAAGAAUAUCUAUCUCACUUCGCUCUUUCUAUGGCAUCGAUUACGUCAGUGCGUUCCGCACGCUGUGAAACCUUUCAACAUUACCGUUCUACAUAUCUGUCGGGUCGCAAUACGUUUUCGUAAGUCAUCGCCGCGUCCUUUGUGGACGUGGCGGAUGUAGUAAGAACACGCAGCUCUGACGUGAAAGAAGUAUCACCGCACUUUUUUAUGAAUUCAAGUCGACUCAUACAAAUAUUCGUGAAGUAUAUCGGAUGUUCCCAAAAUAAUUGUUGAAGUGCUUUCUUAAAACGCUUUGAAAUAAAUUAACAGCAAAUUCCUUUUCCACCGGUAAACAUAAUUGAACGUGAUUCUAUUUUCAGUCUACAAUUUCUUGUUUCUCGAACCGCAUUAAGCUGGAUAUCGACUGCACCGUUGCAAACAACUGGGUGGAGAUAGACGCUGUGAGGCUGUACGGCACCCAGGGUGAGUUCGAGAAUUGUCAUGUUAACAAAUAACUAAAAUGCUUCUGCUUUAGUGCGCGCUUGAUGAAAUGCUGUAUUUUAAUUACAUAUAUGAUUGCUAUUUACUUUCAGAUAAAAAGCAUCGUGCGAGUGAAUUGUUUUUUAUGUUCUGCACUGAUACUAUGCCAAUCGGUUCAUUUAAAAAUUCAAAAUUCACAUCUGACACAUCGGACAGAUAUUACCCCGGCAAGCAACAACGUAAUCAUUACAAAAAGCAAUACAUAGCCGACAUGCACGAUUAUUUAAAAAAUAUUUGUCACUAUUUCAAAUAAUGCUAUUUUUAGACGACCAGUUCUGUCGUUUGUUAUCGAUUAUAUCACAUUUAAUACUAUUUUGCUCCUCCACUGAGCAUUUCUCAAAACCGGCUUUCCGUACUUUUAUUAUUCAUGCAUCUGCUUGCUCAAUUUAUGACGAAUUUCUUCUACGUAAUUUCUCCGAUGAAACAUACCCGAUUUAGUUAAAUUCUCUGGAUGUUAAGGACAUGUAGGACGUUUAAGUUAUUUAUUCGUUUAGAGCAUCAAACGAAUGUAAAACGAGUUUCGGAUUGUGUGUUUAUCAUACAUAAUUGUAAACUUCGAUAGGAUUACAAUAAAAUAGUAUGAUUAAAAUAAAGUUUUGAUAAAGGGAUAGAAGAAUAGAAAAGGGAAGUGAAUAUUGUUUUCACUUUUUUGUUUUAAAAAAUUAAUUAAAGUUGUAAUUGAGGUAAGCGUGUCGUUUAUACUAAAUUAAAAUUGUUUUUAGAAUUGUUGUUAAAGCUGAAAACGUGUCAUCAACUUAUUCAACAAAUCGGUUUCAGUUGUGAUCGAUAUUUUAAUUAACCCAAUUAUGUACUUCGUUUAAUAAUAAUUAUUCUUGAUUAGUUUGUUGAUUUGUUACUCACUUUUAUGAUGCUAAUGAUAAGUUGCUCACCGCAAGCCUCGCCGUGUAAACCUUUAUUCAACUUGUCGGACAACUUUAAGUACGCGAUUACACUUUCAUGAUAUUAUGUCAUGUCUAUUAGAACAACCAUACACUGCGGCUAGCUAGCGCGGAUUUUGACGUGACGUCACAAUGUUUUCGUUCGCGCGUGAAGUUUCGCAGAUUUUUUUUUUAACACAAAGUGUUUAAAAAGACUUAACACGACAGAAAUAAACAUACUUAACUUAAAUCUACCAUACAUAUGCAAAGAACGCCAUCGUAUGUUUUUUUUUAUUAGAAAUUGUAUAUUUAACACAAUUGCUUUGCUGCAUUAUUUUAUGUAGCAGUUUUACUUUUAUUACAGAGGAAGAGCAGUGGGUCUCUAGAGUGAUUGGGUAUUCGUCGCAGUAUGGGAGCGACAUAGAGAAUAACAGUAUUUUCAGUUACAAGUAUAAUGCACAGGCAAUACUAGGUGCUCCAGCUAUGUACCUUAUAAACGGGAAGUCCGUGACGGCAUGGGCCCCAGGUGUCAUCGACGAAAACCAGUUCUUAGAGUACCAGUUCGCCACUCCCGUUUACGUAACAAAAGUCGACGUCUACGAGAAUUUCAAUGCUGGCGGUGUCAAGGCCAUCAAGUGCUUCGAUGUCUCAGAAGAGUGGAUAACGCUAUGGUCGACGGACCAAGUAUACGCUUUUGAGUCUGCGAGGAUAUUUAGUCCAUCGUUUACGUCUACACGUCCUUGUUUCUCGAACCAUAUUCGGCUGGAUAUCGACUGCACCGUGGCAAACGACUGGGUGCAGAUAGAGGCUGUAAGGCUGCACGGCUCCAAAGAGGCAGUGCAGUGGGUCAAUGAUGUGAUUGUGUAUUCGUCGCAGUAUGGGAGCGACAAGUGGAGUGCGGAGCAAACACUGGGUGUUCCAGACGUGUACCCUGGAUACGCGGAUGACAAAAGGGCAUGGGCCCCAGGUGUCAUCGACGCAAAGCAGUUCUUAGUGUUGAAGUUCGCCACUCCCGUCUACGUAACAAAAGUCGACGUCUACGAGACUUUCAAUGCUGGCGGUGUCAAGGGAAUUGGGUGCUUCGAUGCCCAAGUAGAAGCGUUUCCCAACGGAACAAUGACCGAUAAUUGGAGGUGGAUAAGGCUAUGGUCGACGCCCCAAGUAUCCGUUGUUAAGUCUGCGAGGAUAUUUAGUCCAUCGUUUACGUCUACAAUUCGUUGUUUCUCGAACACCAUUAUGCUGUUUAUCGACUGCACCGCUGCAAACAACUGGGUGGAGAUAGACGCUGUGAGGCUAAAGGGCUACCAGAAGCCUUGGAGUCGUCUUGCAAAACGUGAGCAUGUGAAUGAAGUGCUAGAAGAUGAGGAGGACAAGGCCGUUACAGCCGUUGAGUCCGCAGCUGCAAAGAUGAGCAUCAAGCAGCUACUCGCGCACGUUAGGAAAUAGACUGGAAAUCCGACUACGCUACCCCUACGACGACAACGGCAACUUGAAAAGUGAAGUUAUGAAAAAGAACAUGCUUAUGAUAUAAUCCAUCUUCAACAAACAUCUUGUACACAAGUUUUAUGUCUGGUGUUGUGUUAAUGCCCCCGGUAGGGUGACAUUUAGCAGUUGAACUGUCCGUCAGUUCGUCUAUCAGUCUGUCAGUCUGUGCGUCCGUCCGAAAACUUUUGCAAUAAUGAAGAUCGCAACCUGAUAUUUGGCAUGCAUGUGUAUCUCAUGAAGCUGCACAUUGUGAGUGGUGAAAGGUUAAGGUCAAGAUCAACCUUCAAGGUCAAAAGUAAAAAUAUACAAUUCAAGGGAAGUAAUAGGCUUUAAAAGGGAGAUAAUUUCUAAACCUGCCUAAUGAUAUAUUGAAAUUUUAUUUAAAAGCGGCGCAAUCGCUUCUCACCAAGGCGACCCGGGUUUGAUCCCCGUUCCCGGCGCAUGUGAAUUGGGUUGGUGGUCACCAUACCGGACAGGUGGUGUUUCCUCCGGGUAAUCCGGUUUCCCCACACAGCACAAGACAACCUCAAAAUUAAAAAUAUUUCAGUAAACAAUAAAUAGCUAGAAAUUGCAGCUAUCAUUCAAAAUUCGUCCCAACUUUCGGGAGUCUAACAUCUGAUUAGGAAGGAGUGCUGGGACACACUCCGGGUCCUCACCUAAUGCAGCCUCUGGCGCGGAGGGACCUCAUAAACAUUGAAAUACACAAACACGGGCAUUGGUUUCUGACAAACACAUCUCUUGUUUAUAAAUAAAAUUGCAUUUGUAUACCUGCUUGUGUUCUAUUAUUUACCUUUUAAAUGUUUGAGAUAUAUUGACGAACGUUUGAGAAAGUUCAUAGUGUUUUGAUUCACUGUGUUUCAAACAACCUUGCAUUGCAGUUAAAAAUUAAUAUUUAAUUGUUCAACGAAAAAGGCCUAAGUGACUUGUUCAUUGAUAUUUCAAGAAGUUAUUAUGGUGGCUAACAUAUAGUAUUCACAUUGCUUAGUUCACUUAUAAUUUUCAAUAAACAAUUUCAGAACGUU